AUGAGUACGGAUUCCUUACCACGCAAUUUAAUGGAGCAAAAAGCAAUGGAGCUCCAGCAGCAAUUGCAAGCACUGUUGGACGAAAUUGAUCAAAAUAAACAGGAAUCGGAAAACAUUAGCAGAGAGAGUGAGUAUCUGUGCCAAUAUAUUGGUAGCAUGAUGGCCUUCCAAAAUCGGCAAAACGUCCUUAAAAAGUGA